UUUUUUAGUACAAUGUAAUACAAAAAUACAACCUACUAAUGACAAGUUAAAUUAAUGAGUGAAACUUCUAUUGUGAUUGUAAAGACUAAUAAAUGGAAAUUUGGUUAACUUGAAGCCUGAAAAACUUAAGUGAAACUUUUACUGCAACGAAUUGUUAAAUUCUUAUAAAAUUUCUAUACAUCGUUUUCACUCUUUUUUAAUUUCGAUAUCAAUAUUAGUGAAUUAUGGGUCGCUAUUUUAAAUGUCCAACUUGGCAUGAUGCGCUAGAUGGACUAGUUGGGCUUAUCUGUGUGUCGCUUACUGGUUUAAGCAUUAUUUGGGGUGCAAGUCUAAUCGCAGUGCACUAUGUAGAUGUUUUGGCUGUUGGGCGAGGACCUGCUAUCAUGAGCAUCAUUGUUGGUGUUUUUGCAAUGCUUUUCCAUUUAAUUGGGUUCUGGUCUUGUAUGAAAGAUAUUCCUCAAGUUUUAAGUAUUUGCGGGUUAGUUUGUUUUCUCUUGGCCAUCGGUGAGCUCAUAAUCGGUGUCUAUGCGUUCAAAUAUAGCGAUCAGCUUGGGGAUAUAACUAUUGAACAAUUUCAAUCUAAGAUCAAGGAAGUUGAAGACGGAAAGGUGCCAGAGUUAAAGGAAAACAUGGAUAAUUUUCAAAUGGACAUGAAGUGCUGUGGAGCUUUUAAUGCUUCUGAUUGGUUACAGAUUCCUGACUCUUGUUUUGCUGACCAAAAACAAAGAAAAGAUAUUUACACUGAAGGUUGUGUGCACGCAAUUAAGAUAGUUUUGGCUCCUACUAUGGAACAAAUAGCUAUUUUUGUCACCGUAUUAGCUUGUAUUCAAGUUGGUAGAAUCAUCAUUUUAGAUCGUAUUGGAUCAUUUUACCAACAAUCUGAAUACGAACCUGUUUGAGCAAAAACGAAUCAUUGAUAAUGUCGUUUUAAACACCAUGUAAAUCCUAUACAAUCUUUAGAGCCAUGACUUACUAUUUACUGGUUACAAAGAGUUUUCACCAAAGUGUUGGAAUAUCUUUUGCCUUAUUAAUAUACAAUACGAAUGAUACAGAAAAAUCAUGAAUAAGCAUUUAUUCCUCUUCAUUGAAAUCUUAAUUAUGUUAUCAACUGUUAUAUAAUAAUACAUAAUUUUAAUAUUUUUGACUUUUUUCGAUAAUAACCAAUAAACAAUUGAAGUUUUUGAGGA